UUUUUAUCGUCUGCUCCAAAGGUCCUGUUUCUCUUGCGCGCCAUCUACCGUCCACACAACGUCUACUGCCUGAGUGUGGACACCAAGUCCAGCAUCGAGUUUCUGGAGGCUGUCCGGGCUGUGGUCAGAUGUCUGCCAAAUGUGUUUGUUGCCAGCAAGCUGGAGAACAUCGUGUACGCCGGGUUCUCUCGGCUGAUGGCGGACAUUGACUGCAUGGAAGAUCUGCUUCAACAUCCGGUCAAAUGGAAAUACGUCAUCAACAUGCCGGGACAGCAGUUCCCCUUACGGUAUGAUUGAAUCCUUAUUUGGCUAUAAUAUUGAACAUCCUAGAAGUUUACAAAAAUUGGUCGUUAGAAAUAAGGAUACUUAAUCCUUUGCCAUCUCAUAGUCAUGAGAUUGAUUUUUAAAGUUCAUGUUGAGUUUAAGUCUUAGUUAAAUACAUCAGUAGACACACUCGCUCAAAGGGGCUGAAAAAUUAUUGAUGGAUGCUCAAUGAUUUGCAAAAUGGCAGUCAGCUGAUAAUUGGUGCUAAUGUUGAUAACUGUUAACCAGGGCUGAUGAUUCAUAAUAUAUGGCUUAUUAUUGAAAAUAGAAGGCUUCAAAUUUAAUAACGCGUGGUCGAUAAUAGCUUAAACCCAAGAGAGCUGGUCGCGACAACCGGAAGUUAUAGCGUCAGCCAUUCUGGGUCUGCUGAUUGUAAAGAACGACACAUUGUUUUGUCGAUUUUGACAGAACCAAUUUGGAGCUGGUCAAGGUUUUAAAGAUAUUCAAAGGCACCAACAACAUCGAAGGUAACACCAGGGAAGUAAUGCCUACACGCUAUCAGUGGAGAUACGAGCCAAAGAAAGAUGACCAAUCAGGUGGGGAAACGUGGUACAGUGGGCGUGUUUGUCGGUGUCUGAUAAUUUAUUUGGAUUCAUUAUGGACCGGUCAAUAUUUGUGGCCAUACCAGAACAGUUAUGUAAGAAAGAUUGCUUGAAGGGUUGCAAGUUAUAAUGAAUUUAUAAUUUGAUUUUUUUUUUUUUUUGAAGUGAUCAUAGACCUUUUUUUGUUGUUGUAUUUUAAGGCCCACAUAUCUCUGCAUUGAAUUUUCCCCCUCAGUCAUAUCUACAUUCGAAUAUCCACCUCAGUCAUAUCUACAUUCAAAUAUCCACCUUAGUUAUAUCUACAUUCGAAUAUCCACCUUAGUUAUAUCUACAUUCAAAUAUUCUCUUUGGUCAUAUCUUCAUUCAAAGAUCCACCUUAGUCAUAUCUACAUUCAAAUAUCCACCUUGGUCAUAUCCCCAUUCAAAUAUCCACCUUGGUCAUAUCUACAUUCACAUAUCCACCUUGGUCAUAUCUACAUUCAAAUAUCCAUAUUAGUCAUAUUCACAUCUGCCAUAUACACACUUGCAGUGGCGUAAUCAUCAAUGUUUAGUGCCGCCCUUGGAGGUUUGCAAGUGUGCCCCCCCCCCCAUCACGAAAAAAUCUCUCACUUUGCAAUAAGCAGAAAAUGCCGCCGCUCCAUAUUAAGCAAAAAAGUGAUGGCAGGGGCGGACCACGCCCCCCCCUACACACAUCACAUCCCACGCCACUAGACACAUGUGAAAUUCACACGCGAGUCAACAAUUGUUGCAUCCACGUGUACCACACCAUCAUCCACUGAAGGCUGACCUCCACGCUAUAUCCCCCAGGUACAGUGACCAUGGUUAAGACCGACGUAGAGCACCGACCCAUCCCACACAACUUACGUCCAGUCAAGAGCAGCGCCUACGGCAGCUUCUCCAGGGAGUUCGUCACCUUCGUCCUCCACAGCCCGGUGGCCAGGGACGUCCUGGAGUGGUCCCGGUGGCUGUACAGUCCGGACGAGUAUUUCUGGGCCAUUCUUAACUUCGCCACCAAUGUGGCUGUGCCAGGGGGCUACAAAGGUCAGUUUCGUUCCACAUACCUUGCUUCAUUCCACUCCAUGGCGGCCGUGUGA